CACUUUUUUGGUACGGAGCGGGGGACUUGUGGUGUGAGAUAGCACUCUUGAGGCUUAAGGAUCAGAUUUUUUUAGUUCUUAUAUCAUGUAUUCAUGUUUGCCCAUCUCACCAAAAAGCCUUAUACUUGCAAUUCUGCAAUGGACAAAGUCAUGGUUACAAGCAACCCUUAUCUCCCAUCACUACUACAACUACCCAAACUUCUUCACUCCAAACCGAGUUUUACACAAAACCAACAUAAGAAAAGUGCUUCUCCAACCCAUUAUGAUCUUCCCAACAUUGACCAAAUUCAGCAAAUCCAUGCUCACAUGAUAAAGACCCACUUCGAUUACAGUCUUCAGAAUAUUACUCUGAGUUCCUUUCGACCCCAUAUAAGCUCUUCUGCUCAGUACAACUUCUUAAUAACCUCUUACAAUAAUAAUAACUUACCAGAGUGUUCACUCAAAAUCUAUGCUCACAUGAGAAACAUGGACAUCCAUGUUGACAAUUUUACUGUUCCCUCUAUCCUUAAAGCUUGUGGCCAAUGCUCGUUGGUCCCAGUAGGAGAAGAGGUACAUGGUUAUGUGUUGAAGAAUGGAUUGGACAACGAUGUUUUUGUGGGUAACGCUUUGAUACAGAUGUAUAGUGAAUGUGGGAGUGUGGUUUCUGCACGCUUGGUAUUUGAUCAUAUGGCUGAAAGAGAUGUUGUUUCGUGGAGUACGAUGAUUAGGAGCUUUGUCCGGAAUAGAUUAUUAGGAGAAGCAUUGGAGCUUGUAAGGAAGAUGCAUUCUCUGGGAAUAAAGCCUAGCGAGAUUGCUAUGAAUAGCAUGAUUAAUCUCUUUGCAGAUCUCUGUCAUGUCAAAAUGGGGAAAGCAAUGCAUUGUUAUGUCAUGAGGAAUAGCAACAACGAGAAAGUUGGUGUUCAUAUUGCUACUUCUUUGAUAGAUAUGUAUGCCAAGUGUGGAAACUUGGCUUAUGCAGAAAGGCUUUUCAAUGGGUUGGCUCAGAAAACUGUAGUUUCGUGGACUGCCAUGAUGGCAGGAUACAUUCGUUGCAAAAAGUUGGUAGAAGGAGCAAAACUUUUCAAGGAAAUGAGGGAGAAAAGCAUUUUUCCAAAUGAGAUUACGGUUUUGAGUCUGAUCAUAGAGUGUGGUUUCGUAGGUGCUGUGGAAUUGGGUAAGUGGCUGCAUUCAUAUCUGUUGAGAAAUAGGUUUGUCGUGUCUCUGCCUUUGGCUACUGCUCUGGUAGAUAUGUAUGGAAAGUGUGGUGAUCUUAGAAAAGCCAGAGGUGUUUUUGAUGGUGUAAAUGACAAGGAUGUCAUGAUUUGGAGUGCCAUAAUUUCAGCUUAUGCACAAGCCAGUUACACUAAUCAGGCUUGUGACCUGUUUGUCCAGAUGACAGAAGAAGGAUUGAGGCCAAAUAAAGUAACCAUGGUCAGCCUCAUUUCACUAUGUGCCGAAGUAGGAGCGCUUGACUUGGGGAAGUGGCUUCAUUUGUACAUAAACCAGCAAGGAUUGGAAGUUGACAUAAUACUGAAAACAGCUUUGGUUGACAUGUAUGCUAAGUGUGGUGACAUAGAUGGGGCUCACCGGUUAUUCAUUGAGGCUAUUGAUAGAGACAUCUGUAUGUGGAAUGCCAUGAUGACUGGGUUUGCUUUGCACGGUUAUGGGAAUGAAGCUUUGAAACUCUUCGAAGAAAUGGAGAGUCACGGUGUCCAACCUAACGACAUCACUUAUAUUGCGGUUCUUCAUGCUUGUAGUCAUGCAGGAUUGGUUAAUCAAGGGAAAAGGCUUUUUAAGAUGGCUCUUGGCUUUGGCUUGGUUCCGAAAAUUGAGCAUUAUGGAUGUAUGGUAGAUCUUCUUGGACGAUCUGGAAAACUUGAUGAGGCUUAUGAAUUGAUUAAAAGCAUGCCUGUACAGCCUAACAGUGUAGUAUGGGGUGCUCUCCUUGCUGCAUGUAAGCUUUAUAAAAAUCCCAGUUUGGGGGAACUUGCCGCAAAGCAGCUCCUUGAGCUGGAGCCUCGGAAUAGAGGUUAUAAUGUUCUGCUAUCGAACAUUUACGCUGCUUCGAACAGAUGGGAUGAGGUUGCCACAGUUAGAACGGCUAUGAAAGAGACUGGAAUCAAGAACCAACCAGGAAUUAGCUCAAUCGAAGUAAAUGGUUUAGUUCAUGACUUUGUAAUGGGAGAUACGACACACUCACAAACUGGAAAAAUAUAUGAAAUGCUGGCUGAGAUGAGGAUGAAGUUGGAAGAGGCUGGUUAUUGUCCUAACACAUCGGUUGUGUUGCAGAACACUGAUGAGGAAGAAAAGGAAACUGCUCUUAACUAUCAUAGUGAAAAAUUGGCAAUGGCAUUCGGCCUUAUCAGUACACCUGCCCGUACUCCAAUGAGGAUCAUCAAGAAUCUCAGAGUCUGUGACGAUUGUCAUGCUGCAACCAAGCUUCUAUCAAAAAUUUAUGGCAGGGUAAUAAUAGUAAGGGAUCGUAACCGGUUUCACCAUUUCAGAGAAGGAUUUUGUUCUUGCGGUGAUUAUUGGUAGCUUUUACUUGAUUGUUCUAGCUACAAUGUAAACAUACCAUACAGAUGUACAGAUACAAAUUACUACAAUUUGAUCGAGGUUCUGCCCAUUUUGCAA